AGUGCUCAGGCAGUGCAUGGACGGAUGCAAGCAGGGGGACGACGGCGAGACACGUUGUUGUUAUUGUAAUUAUAAAUAUGCUGCUUUACAUUUCAAAGUAGCCGUCAAACUUUAAUUUCACCAAGUGGAGCAAGUUAAGUGUGAUGUUUUGGCUGCUUGUUGUAAAAUCCCUUUCAACAACAACAACAACACCACCUCCGACACCAUCCUCUCAGGAGUGAUGGGCUCCAAAUUGACCAGACAGAGAAGUCUCGAUUUUGAAACCAAAGUGUCCAAGAGGAGACGCCAGAGGAAUGACAGCCCGGGAGAGAGCGAGAGGAGCGGAGACUUCUUGUUUACCUCCCUGAUGCUAAAGUCCGACAAGCUGCCCGGGAUGCUGCGGAAAACAAACCACAGCCCGUAUGUGAGGAGGGUAGCGUGGAUCCGGGAUAUCCAGAGACUUCUCCGGGAUCAGAAGAUGGAACAAGCUGCCGAAGUGCUCAAAUUGCUGAGGAAGGAUUUGGGACUCCAGGGGUCGUCACUCAAUGACAUUUUGUACAAGAACGCAGCUUUUCUCAACCUGGUGGACCCCAUUUCUCACGAGCUGCUGCUCAGUCUCGCCCGGGACCUGCAGUGUCCAAAAAGGGACACUGACUCAUUCAAGUCCACCAACAAGAUCUGCCGCCAGCUGAUUUACCAUCUGACCCCUCACUCCAAGUGGACGAGACAGAGCGUGCCCAGGAGGAAGUCUCAGGCCUGUCUGAAGACCACCCUGAAGAAGAAGGUUACCGGUGACCUCGUCAACCUGUCAGGCAUCCCACUGUCCGGCCGAGACAUCCACCGCGUGGCUUUCUACCUGCAGAGCAGCAGCGAUGCGGUGUCCACGGUGGACCUGAGCUUCACCGAGCUGCGGGACGAGAACUUACGGCUGCUGCUGCCCAACCUCGGCUGCCUGCCCAAACUCGCCAUACUGGCCAUGAAUGGCAAUCGCCUGACGAUGGCCAUCCUGAAAGACCUCACGGAUGCAGUGAAGGAUCCCAAAAAGUUCCCCAGCCUGGCCUGGGUUGACCUGGGUAACAACGUAGACAUCUUCACCGUGCCGCAGCCACUGCUCGUGGCUCUACGGCGCCGUUUCGGCUUACGCAGCAGCCUCCCGACCAUUUAUGAGUACAGGGAGGCGCAGACGUUUAGCGGAUACAACCCAAACUUGGAGACGUCCGUGGAGGAGCCCAGUCUAUGCGAGGAGGGAGAUUUAGAGGAGGAAGAGAAAGAGGAGGAAGAGGACAGGCUGGAGCUACGAGCAUGGGGCUGUAGAGAAGGAAACACGUCAAAAAAUAUGCCGCUGCACUUCAGUGUGAGGUGAUCGUCAGUAGCUGCUUUCUUUAGACUGGCUGCCCCUUACAUCCCUAAGUAUCACCUGGCCCCCUGCUAGCAGCUGUCAUUGUGGCAGAUGCUAGCUCGUUUCCUAAAAUAACUUUAAAAUAGAUAUCUGUGUUGUGUCCCUAUGGAUGCUCCGACUAUUGAAACUCUACAAUGUGAAGCUCUGUGGUCCUACAACGUUUUUAUUUAUAUAUAUUAAGUUUAACUGAACAUGUUUGCUGGUUCCCAGUGCUUGAUACACCUUGAUACUUCUCAUUAUUCUCCUCUGUAGCAGCUGGGGGUUAAGUGCCUUGCACAAGGGCAACUCAACAGAAGAUCUUGAGGAAAGAGGGGGAGGUUAAUAAUUCAUUUUUCCCAAGCACAUUUUACCCAGCUGGUCCCUCUUUACCCCUGCUGCCCCAUUUCUGUGAAACAAAGUCUGAAUAAGUCAAAGUAACUAAAUAUCUUGCUUACAACAUGUUUGCUCUGAUGUGUAUGUCUUCAGACAGAACUCAACUGCAGGGAGAUUUUGUUCACGUUAAAUAUGCGUCCAGUUUUCUUCUGUUGACAGUUAUUUUACAGAAAUAAAUAAUGAGUCAUAGUAAGUAAACGACACAUCCUGAAUCCGUUUUAAUUCAAACGUCCAGGGUUGAUGCUGCAGGAGUGUUUGAUGAACUGAUUUCUGCCUCCAUCAGUUCUUGUUAGUCUCCUUUAGUCACAGAUGGUGAGAAAAAGAUCUAUUUUUUCUCAGUAAAUAGGACUAGCCCUAGAUAAUUUGGUCCACUGCUGGUUUGUGAAUGAGUGUAUUUAUGUAUCAGCACCAAGAAAUAAGCCCACUCUGUUUUAAAGGCAGACAAUGAAACAGUUAAUAACACCUCUGCUUUUAUCUUCUGUGUUGCUACAGCAUGAACAUACAUUUGUUUUGGCAUGAGUAAACUGCAACAGUUUUUUAGCUUCUUUUUAAGGUUGUGCUGUUCUCAUCCUUUAGUUGUUAUUUUUUAAACGGGCCUAAUGUCAACUUCAGAUCCCACAGACAAAGAGCAUGUUUACAAUAAAUGUGAUUUCUUUUUUGGGGGGGGAUUUGAUAAGAAUUGCUGCAUGUAAACACAACGUCCCAACUUAAUUUUUCCUACAGAUGUUAAUUUGGUCUGUUCUCUUUCCAUGCCAUGCUAUUAUUCAGGAAAAUAUGAUUAUUUGUGUUUACAGGAUGUUAAUGAACAGGAAGUGAGUGUGUCUGGUGUGUGUUUGAGAGCCUAAUUAGAGUGUUUGCCUGUGUGCAUGAGUGUGUUGUGGACAUGCAGAGUAAAUUACUACCUUUGAUCGUAGAAAAUACAUUUUUACUCAUUUGCACUUUAAGGAUGAAUACGUCCCUCAAUGCACACGCUUUGUCUUCAAUGGGUGGUUGUUUAUGUAAAAAUAAAUGUACUGAGUCACCCACAUUCUAAUUAAAAAUGUGAAUUUCAAUGUUUUGGUUUAUACAAUUCAUCUACCUGUCUAUAAAUCACUGUCGUGGAAAAAUCAGUUGUAGUUCAUUAAUAUUUUGGCUCGUUAAACCAUGGCUGGCUUUUUGAAGUAAAAGUGUUGUUGACCUGCUGUUGCUUUCAGA